AUGGAUUCAUCUGGCCAUAAUUCAACAGCACUCUCUAAUGCCCCAUCAUCAACAAGAGGUGGAGGGAUUAAUAGAAUGAAGCAACAUCUUGCAGGAAAGUUUGGUGAGGUUGGGCCAUGUAAGAAAGUUCCAGGUGAUGUUAGGUAUCGAAUAGAAGAGGCUUUGAAAGCAAUUAUUGAGAAAAAUAAACGAAGUGAGGAAUCUAAUCCCUUUGGUCGGGUUGUUUUUGAGUUUGAGGAUGAUGCUGAAAUUGAAGAAAUAAUUCCACAACGCAAUAACGGCAUCUUAAUUAAUGAAGGUGGUGGUAGUAGGAAUAAAAGAUAUAAAGUUCCUACUUACCAUGAAGUUCGAGUUCCGUUAUUGAAUGACUCAAAGAAAGAGCUUCAAUUGUUUAUUGACUCUAUAAAGAGUACUUGGGCUAAUACUGGGUGUACAAUUAUGAGUAAUGGUUGGACUGAUGGUAGACAUAGAACUCUCAUUAAUUUUCUUGUCUAUUGUCCUAGAGGAAUCACUUUUGUUAAAUCCAUUGAUGCCUCUGAUGUUGUAAAAGAUGCUCCUCUUCUUUUUAAAUUGUUUGAAGAAAUUAUUGAGUGGGUGGGAGUGAGCAAUAUUGUGCACAUGGUGACAAAUAAUGGGGCAAAUUAUGUUGCUGCUGGAAGACUUGUUAGUCAAACUUAUAAGAAUAUUAAUUGGUCUCCUUGUGAAGCACAUUGUUUGAACUUAGUGUUAAGUGAUAUUUCCAAGUUGAAUCAUGUAAAAGAGCUUGCCUCUAGAGCAUCAAGUGUGACGAGAUUUAUUUACAAUCGCCCAUGGUUGAUAGCUUGGUUGAGGAAAAGGAAGGGAUGGACUGAAAUUGUGCGCCCAGGAGCAACCCGUUUUGCCAUUACUUUCAUUGCAUUGCAUAGUAUUCAAAAACAUAUGCAUGAUUUGAAAGCCUUAGUGACAAGUAAGGAUUUUGUUGAUUCAAGGCAUGCAAAAGACAAGAAAGCAAAAGAAGUUGUUGCUAUCAUUUUAGAUAGUAAGUUUUCAAAUGAUUGCUUGAUCAUUGUUAAGAUUGUUGAGCCACUCAUGAGAUUGUUGCGUAUUGUUGAUGGAGAUAAAAAACCUUCAAUGGGAUAUGUAUACGAGGGCAUGUACAGGGAAAGAAUAGCAAUUAAGAAUGUUUUCAUGAAGAAAAAACGAUUGUACAAGCCUUAUACAAGUAUUAUCAAAGAUCAUUGGGAUAGGACAUUACGCAAAAAUAUCCAUGCUGUGGCUUAUUGGUUGAAUCCGACUUUUCAAUAUGAUCAAUCAUCAUUUUGCAAAAAACCAGAGGUUAUGGCAAGCAUGCUUGAUGUGAUAGAAACAAAAGCUACAUGUAGCAAGACAAAACUCUUGGAUGAAGCAAGAUUGUUUCGAGAUCAAUUAGAAAGUUUUGGAAGAGAGCUUGCUACUAUUACAUCCAAGACAACACAACUAGAUGAAUGGUGGAGGUUAUUUGGCCAUAGUACUCCAAAUUUGCAAAAGUUUUCUAUUAGAAUUCUUAGCCAAACUAGUAGCUCUUCUGGAUAUGAAAGGAAUUGGAGUGUUUUUGAACGUAUACAUACGAAGAAGGGGAAUAGAUUGGAACAUCAAAGGCUUAAUGAUCUUGUAUAUAUUCAUUAUAAUUUGCGGUUGAAGAAUAGGCAUUUCAACAAAAUGAAGAACUACGAUCCGGUUGAAAUUGAAAGUAUUGACAAAACCGAGUUUUGGAUUGUUGAAGAUGAAGAAGAGCCUCCUCUUCUUGAUUUUGAUGAGUUGGAACAAAUGCCUUAUCAAGAAAUUCCGGCUCCAUAA